ACUUAGAUCUUUCUUUUGUCAAGUGUUUGCAAAUUGCAAUAUUUCUGUCUGGUUUCAUCUGCGUUGGAAGUUGAAUUGCUUCAGUCUAUUGUCUUGAAUCAACAUACUAUAUAUAGAGAGAAAGAAGAGGCUCAGAGGUUCAACUAAUCAACUCUGUGGUUGAAGAAGAAAGACUUCAAAGCAGGGGAGGAGUUGAAAGAAAACUGAAUCCUGGGCCACAACAAAUCGAACCCCAUUUUUGUAGGUCUAACAGGAGGAGAGGAGCUAGUUUCAGAUGGGGAUUUGUUGGGGUUCUCCGGCUGAUGAUAACCCAACUCCAAGCACUACUACCCAUCUCAGUUCAGUUAUGGCAGGGAUAUCUCAGACAACCAGCAAUACAGGUACUUCUAGGGGCAGUAACUUCUCUGCAAAUAGCCAUUUCUCGGCGGCUAGCGGCGAUCAAGGUUAUCCUGAUGGGCAUAUCUUGCCCACCCCAAAGUUGAGGAUCUUUGGUUUUGCAGAACUGAAGUCUGCAACCAGGAAUUUUAGAGCUGAUACGGUUCUUGGUGAAGGAGGCUUUGGAACGGUCUACAAGGGUUGGCUUGAUGAGAAGGGGCCGUCCAAGACCGGAAGCGGGACGGUAAUUGCUGUUAAAAAAUUGAACUCUGAGAGCAUGCAAGGAUUUGAGGAGUGGCAGUCAGAGGUAAAUUUCUUAGGAAGGCUUUCUCAUCCCAACCUUGUCAAGCUGUUGGGAUACUGUUGGGAGGAUAAAGAGUUACUCCUCAUUUACGAAUUCAUGCAAAAGGGAAGCUUGGAAAACCAUCUCUUUGGAAGGGGCGCAGCUGUUCAGUCGCUUCCAUGGGAAAUACGGCUUAAGAUUGCAAUAGGAGCAGCUCGGGGGCUAGCCUUCUUGCACACUUCUGAUAAGCAAGUUAUCUAUAGAGAUUUCAAGGCCUCCAAUAUAUUGCUGGAUGGGUCCUAUACUGCCAAGAUAUCAGACUUUGGCUUGGCAAAGUUGGGCCCAUCGGCUAGUCAAUCACAUGUGACAACACGGGUAAUGGGCACAUAUGGUUAUGCUGCUCCAGAGUAUGUUGCCACAGGGCACCUGUAUGUAAAGAGCGACGUGUAUGGUUUUGGUGUCGUUUUGGUUGAGAUUUUAACCGGUUUACGAGCACUUGAUUCGAAUCGCCCAAAUGGGAAACAUAAUCUGGUGGACUGGAUCAAACCAUCUCUAUCAGAAAGACGAAAGUUGAAGCAAAUUAUGGACACCCGGCUGGAAGGAAGAUAUCCGUCUAAAGCUGCAUUACAUAUAUCUCAGCUCGCUCUAAAAUGUCUUGCAGCCGAACCGAAACACCGACCAUCGAUGAAAGAAGUUCUGGAGACGCUGGAACGGAUUGAAACUGCCAAGGAAAGACCAAGGGAACCUAGAAAUCGUUCUACUCAUCCUAUGGCUCACCGGCAGGGCCAGCAGCCUUUGCACCAUCGUUCUCCACUUCACCCAAGACAGGAUGGAAAUUAAGCCUACCAACACUUCCCCCUGUGUAAGGUGUCUUUGAUACAACUGCUGCAUACCAGCAUGGGUAUUCCCUUGUAUGCUGAUUGUUUCUCAAGAAAAAAAAAAAAAAAAAAUCUGUUCCAUUUGUUCUUUUAUUAUGUGAUAAAGUUCUGGGAAGGACCAAAGUUCUAGAAUCGAUAUGGGACUUCCUAGUAAGUUACAAUGAGUAUAAUUACUAUUGUUUUGGUGACUUGUAUCAACUGCUGAGUAUGUUAGCUGUAUAACUGUAAUUAGGUAGAAGGUCUGGUAAGUUGUGUUUGGUUCUGUUAGCAAGUAAUUAGUUCUGUUCUUGUAGGUGGGGAAUUAUAAUGGUUAAUGAUAAAUCCCUUCCAUCGUCCUGUCAGUUUUAAAUGGCUAGGAACCAAAGCCUGGAUAUCAUAUUGGGAUCCAACAGUUAAAUUAUCAAGUAUUCUUUCUUAUAA